UUUAAUGGUACAAUGGUCACGUAGAAUAACGAAUAAGGUACAGAUUUUUCAUGGAGUUUAGUCGAGCGGGUUUCACGUUGCUGCAGUGUUGUUGUUUUGUGUUGCGUUUUCCCCAUUAAUUCUGGGAUGCCUCAUAGUCAUUGAACGCAGCACUGUUUUGCGUAUGUGGGCUUGUUUGGACAAAUCAUAAGGAUAAAACAUAUGGGGAAAAACAGCUAACGCCGUGAGUCUGGAGGUAAAAGGCUGCCUUUCUGACAAAACUACUGGACAAGAAACAUGUUUCCCCGGACACAUUCCCUGUAUGUGCUGUGUUUAGACGGUGUACGUCGCUGCAUCAGGAUGCCGCGGUUACUCUCUGACUACAGAGCAGGUCUGGGGCAGGGGGCUAGAGAAUAACGGAGCACAGCUGACCACUGGACUGGGAAGCAGACGGUCGCCCGUCGUGGGUCAGCAUCAUGAGGGCUAACAACAGGGCUGACGACAGCGGCCUGGGAUAGACGGGAGGACGUCCGAGUGGGAGGCAGGUGGGCCAGAGGUGGGAAAUGACACCGAGCUGCUCCGAACCCGCAGGCCGAGUCUCCUCCGAGAGAUAUCGUUGCUCCAACAGUGUCAUGCUCACCCCGUAACUACGCCGCAUCCCACUCUAGUUUUUAUCAGCUGCUGGCUUUUUCUUCCCCCCCUCCAGUCUCAUCAUGUCCUUCACAAUGGAGGAUAAUUUGGAGUCGGGAUGGGUGGCCGUCCGCCCGAAUGCGUUUGAGGAAAAAGAAAAGCAUAAAUUGGUGUUUAUCGUCGCCUGGAACGAAGUUGAGGGUAAAUUUGCCAUUACGUGUCACGACAGGACGGUUCAGAGGAGAAGCUUCUGCAGGGAUCUGGAAGUGACAGGCCGGGAUGGGGCCAAAACAAAAUGGCCCGAGAGUCCCGUCAGGGAGAAGGUCUCCCGGAGCCCGGGCAGAGGAGGGUCCGAGGCUGCGGGCAAAGGGAGCAGCCCCAGAACCAAGACCGAGACCCCUGCGUGUCCGGUCAGUGUGGAGCCCCCCUCCCUGGACCGCCUGGACCUGGAGGAGCUGGACUGUCCUGGCCGAGAGGACUGCAGCUGGGCCGGACUCUUUUCCUACCAGGACCUCCGGGCGGUGCACCAGCAGCUCUGCUCGGUGGACUCGGUCCUGGAGCCCUGCCUCCCGGCGUUCCCGGAGGAGCCGGCCGGGAUGUGGACGGUCCUCUUCGGUCCGGCGGAAGUGCCGCAGACGGAGAUGGACCAGCUGUGCCACGGCCUGCAGCUCUACCUCGGUCACGCGUUAGAUACCUGCGGGUGGAAGAUCCUCUCGCAGGUGCUCUUCACGGAAAACGACGACCCGGACGAGUAUUAUGAGAGCCUGAGCGAGCUGAGGCAGUCCGGGCACGAGGACGCGCUUAGCCGCGCGACAAAACAUCUGCAGGAGCUGCUGGAAAAGCACAGAACUAUGGACAGUAUGGUGGAGCUACUGGAGCUGUACGAAGAAGAGGACCAGGCCUAUGGAGGUCUGCUGGAGGCCUCCACACAGCUCUACCAAUACCUGCUGCAGCCCUUCAGAGACAUGAGGGAACUGGCAAUGCUACGCAGACAGCAGAUAAAGAUUUCGAUGGAGAAUGAUUUCUUGGGCCCAAGGCGGAUUGAAGCUCUAAAGAAAGAGGACACUGACUGGCAGAAGAAAGCCCAGGAGGCGGUCCUCAACAUCCAGGACUUUACAGUAAAAUACUUUGAGAUCACUGCCAGAGCCCAGAAAGGGGUGUAUGAGCGUAUGAAAGUGGACCAGAGAAAGUUUGGAAAAUCUUCAUGGACAGCCGCAGUGGAGCGCAUGGAGAGGCUGCGCUACUGCGUCGCCAAGGAAACUCUGCAGCUCCAGAGAGCCAAGGAGAUCAGUCUGGAGCAGAGGAAACACACACUUCGAGAGGAGAUGCAGGAUCUGUGCAGCAGUGAGGAUGCCAUGGCCCUCUUAGACCACAUGGAGACGCAGUACUAUGAGCUCCAGCUCCAACUGUACGACAUACAGGUGGAGAUCCUGCAGUGUGAGGAGCUGCUGCUCACUGCCCAACUCGACAGCAUUCGCAGACAGAUGACAGAGCGACAGGAGGAGGUGGUGUACUAUGACACUUUUGAAAGUACAGAUGACAUAACAGAGGAUGAUGCUGCCGACAGAGAGGAGCUGCGCAGACUACAGGUCAGCGCUCGACAGCUCGAGGCAAGAAGAGGACGCAUCACUGCCAAGCGCUCCUACCUACGGAACAAAAGGGAGAUCUGCGUAUCAAACCACACGGAGAAGCAGCAGAGACAUCAAACCAUCCCCAAAGGCGCUUUGUCCCACCACAUCUUGCAGCUUAACACUGAGGAGGAAGAGGAUGAGGAGAUGAAGAACAGCAGAGUAAGUCAGGAGAGGCAGAGAACUCUGGACAGGCUCCGUAGUUUUAAGCAGCGUUACCCCGGUCAGGUGAUCUUGAAGUCCACUCGGCUCCGCGCGGCCCACUCAAAAAGAAAAGAUCGAGGCAGAAACGUGGAAAUGAGGGAGGGCUUUGUGGUGUCCGCCGCUGUCCACGCGCGGGGUCAGCCGCGGUGUCUCAGCACCAGCGUGCAGACGGACCCCAGCGCCACCCUCACCACUCAGCCCGUCGCCACACUCACAGCAUCAGUUCCUCCUCUGCCUGCAGCCAGCCCCGCAGACGCCUCCUGCUCGCCCUGCUCCUUCUCCUCACUGCUGGCGUCUCCUCUCUCCCCCCCGCCACCGGCACCUCCUCCACCUCCCCUUCCAACAAAGGAGGAGACGUCCCCCCUGGGGAGCCCCGGCAGGCCAGGACGAAAGAGUGCAGAGGAGGAGCUGACGGUCUCCCCACUCGGGCCGUUCAUCCCUCGCUUUUUUGACAGCAGCCAACUGGUGAGUGCACGGAAGAAGCUGAAGAAGACUCCAGAGUUUGACGCCCACAACAGAAGAGUGAGCUCACCCAUGGAUGAGGUGCUUGCCUCCCUGAAGAGAGGAAGCUUCCAUCUGAGGAAGGUGGACCAGCGCUCCCUGCCUCCUUCUAAGGGGGACGAUGACCCCAACAGCAUUCUCGCUCAGAUACGCAAAGGGGUCAAGCUUAGGCGCGUCCCCUGUAAAGACAGGAAAGACCAGAGAGAGCUUUCCGCCUCCACUGACCCUCUGACCAGGAGCAUCCACGAGGCGCUGCGCCGCAUCAAGGAGGCCUCCCCGGAGUCCGACUCAGACGAGGACGGGUUUGCGGGCCCGGACUGGGAAAGCUAGGGUUCAUGCUAAUCAGACAACACACACACAGGUGACACUAGAUACACUGUACUGCACCGUGUAGCACUGCACUGUACAGGUAACAAUUACUGACGCACAGCCCAGCUGCACUUGUACCUGGUGAUAAUGCCAAGGCCAGGGCCAUAGCAGUUAGCACCACAUUUUCCAGAGGUCUUUGAUUAGUCCUUUUCAUUUGUUUUUCACACUGCAUUUAAUGUCACUGAGGACUUAAGUCUUUGUUUUUAUUUCUACUGUGUGUCUCUGUGGUUUUGUUUCCAUAACUGGUCUUUGUAUUUUCUAUUUAUUUUCUAUUUUCUAUCAGUUGUACUGUUGUGCAUGUUUCAUCAACACAUUGCACUGACACUCAAAGAAACUGAAAACUCUGUAUGGAAGUGACUUAUUUGCCAGCUGCUGGAUCUUUAUUUUCAUGUGAGAGCAGGAAUGGGAAUCUGUAACUGCAUCUAAAAUAUGUGGUGACUUUGGCUGGUGAUAUGGGGUCUUGUUAGAGAUUUGGAAUCCAUUAGGAUUACACAAAUCUCCAAACUGGCAUCACUGGAUUUAUGGUCCAGAUUGAAAACAUGUAUACCACCAAGCAUCAUUUCCUUUCUGACUGAGCCUACUUCUGAUGCCCGUCUCCUCUCUCUCAUACAGUGUGUCUCACUGCUAACUGCUGUUUGCGGAUCCAAACAAAAUACUUCAGUCUUUUAGUCUGAUUAAGCCCCUCCCCCAUCCCUGUUCCAUUCCAGCUUACGCCACCCCCAACUCUCACCCUUUAUCCAAAUGAGGGAAUAUGUAUCGACCCAUCUGUGAAGCCAGCAGUGGAUACAGAGAGUACAGUAGACUGAUCAUUAUCUGCUACAUCUCCAAUCUAAAGCUGGUCACAGGGUUUCAGAGCUAGCUACUGGAUCAGUAGUCUUUGUCAAGUGUGGGCAGAAUUGGUUGGUUUUUCCCAAACUUCUAAUGGGGGUUAGUCACGGUAGAACAGUUACAACAAGUCACGCUUCUUCUAAUGAUGGAUGGUUUGUGGGAGGCCCGAUUCUCUCGGUGUGGAUGGGAGACACCGUGGGCUGCGGAGGAGGCGGUGGUGAUUGAUGCGGCUCCUCCUGCCGUCUUAUUCACUUCCUCCUCCCGUAUAUUGCAUCUUUUCUCAUUUUCUCUCUCUGCACUCUGUGGGCAGAAGCACACAGAAGGAGGUCUGUUGCUCACAGUGCUGGAAGUGGCUCGCAAGCACAUUCACAGCCAAUAUGUGCAGGGACAUCUCAGUGGCAUUCAGUCCUCUCCCAGCUUCUGCUUUCAGAUAUUUUUCCAGAGGAUGUCGCAGCACUUUCACCAUACAUACUUUCCGAAUUGCUGGCUGUGUUAUAUGUGCUGAAGCACAUAUAAAUGAAUAGUUAAACGUGUAAAUGCACUGAAUAGCUUGUGGAACUUGACCUAAAUAUGUAUGAGAUAACUAGCGGGUUGUGGAGCAGCACAGAAAUUCACAAAUUUGCCUCGAAGCAAAAAGAGGUGGAUUCAUACACUAAGAGUCUGAGGCAGCUUCAUCGUACACUGUGUUAAACAGCUUUGAUGCUUUUUCCCUGAUGCUUGCGUUUGAAUGACUUUGUGGAGUCAUUCUGAGGUAAACACUAAUAAACACACUCACAUUAUACUUAAACCACAACCUGAAUCCUUGUCAGUGACAGUAAAUGGUUCAUUUUUCUCGAUUGCUGUGAUUGUAACUGUCAAGUUUUAGCGGCAAACAAAUCGAGACUAAGCUGUUCUGAAUGACCAUUUUCAUCUUUCAUGUUUUCAGGACGCACUCUGUCCAAAGUUAUCGCAGAGGCUGGCUGUGUUUUUAAGGAGCUCUGAUUUUUAGCCUUUGGCUGAAACAUCUAAACAUCAUUUUUUACCAGACAUAUGCUCAAAUUCUCCAGUUUCACUGAUAUGAAAGCAUGCUCUGAUGACACAUGGUAAUCCCUCCACUUUUCAAAACUCUUUUUUUCCAUUUAGUUUGUCAGCAGAACGCAGCUUGAAGAGUGUCACUGCUUAGGAGAAGGUCUAUUUUUUACCUGUGCACUGGCAUGACUUUAAGAAUCAUUACAAGGCUCUUCCAUAGAACCUUUAUCGUGUAGCUUGAGACAGAGAUCCUGACCCUGACUUGUAAUCUCUGACCUUACUUGACCUAAUGUUACUGUAACUUUCCCCAGGAGAUUUUAGGUACUCUAAACAUUGGUGAAAGUUGGUUCAGAAGAUGAGACCCUUAAUGUAAAUAUGCAUUACAUUUAAAAGCUUUCCUGAUAUCCUGUUUUUUUCCUUCAAAGCAUAUCCAGCCAAAUCAUUUAGUUUCUGAACCUUUCCUGUAUGGACCUGUAACCUGGACAGGCUGAACACCUGAGCCUUUGUCUGAAUACCACUCAGCCCUUUGAGACAAUGUGCAAUAUAAAAAUAAGAAAUAUAAGAUCGGAUUCAACUGUUUCAUGGGUGGUGUUAAAAUGACUACUAUUCGUGCAAACAAUGGACUUAGAAAUCAUUUAAACUGUUUUUUACCACAUAAUGUGUGACAAACUUAUCCAAAAAAAACCUUAUGCCUUUUGUCCUGUAAUUUUCAUUUAUUUAGAUCUUUUUUAAUUUACAUUCUUGCAUUUGAAUAAAA